AUCAAGGUGGUCACAAUAGGAGCAACAAGCAGGGCGAGCAAUGACUGGUAUUGGCGUAAGACUUCAACCUGGCCUGAGCUAAAGAGGUGUGCGAAGGCCAUGGUCUAUAUACACGUGAAAGGGGUUACGAGUCAUCCUUGCGUGGCCAGGGUGGUAGUGGCGAUAGUGCGUGGCCCUGUUAGCGGUGGCGAUAGUGGCGAUGGUGGCGAGGGUGGCCCUGGUGGCGGUGGCCAUGGUGGUUACGAGGGUGGUUUCCUUACAUCCAAGAUCAUGACCGUUAUAGGGGCUGGUAUUAGCACAAAGGACUUUCGGUCGAAAAAUGGCUUCUAUUCCCUCGGUUAUUGUCGUCUUUUCUACUCGACGGUUCUUUCUGAUCCGGAAAGGAAGCCUCUCUUCUAUAAUAGCAUCACCAAGAUACGCCAGGUCGUUAAGCGCGCCAGUCUAACGAGAACACAUCGCUUUAUCUUUAGUUUGCGUAAUACUAGAAAGCUAGUUCAGGACUAUGCCCAGAACAUCGAAUGCCUUGAAGAGAAGGUUGGUCUCUCUACCGAUUUGCGGAAGGGUCCUGGAAGUCGACCCCGUUUCUGCAGGAAGUACCGGCCAACACAUGUCCGAGGCCACCACCGAGUCGACCACGAGCCGCGUCUCCAAGAGAGAGGCGUUGAAUGUAUUCUCCUCUAUGGAUCUCUCUGCCGUUUGCGAUGCUCCAACUGUUUUAGUCACCCCUGUACAAAUCUGCGGGCUCUGGCAAGAAGCGUUAGAGGGCGUCUUAGUGGCUGCAUGUAUCCUUGCCUACCUCUCCGAACACGAUAGGAUAUUUACUUACCUGUGCGUCACAAAUUGUGGUUUGCGAUCAUUAGUUCAAUUAGACGAGAACGAAGAGCAGAGAAUAGGAGGGGGAGAAAACGAGCACCUAACUUGAAGUAAAUCCAAAUUGGACCACUUAAGAGUACCGCUCGUAACUUGACAAAUUAUAUAAACAUUUACAUUAUUUCCUUGACAAUGAGACUCUACCUACCCUACCUUCCCAUGUAAAAAAUAUCCACUGUUUACAGGCGGCCUUUCCUAAACUAGUCUAGAGCGUCCUCGUCUUAGCUAUAAUAUAUGAACAUACAAUAUG